AUGGCGGAUCCCACCUCCCCAUCCCUCAUCUCCAUGCGCGAGCUGGACCCGUCACCGGUCGCAUCUCCCCUCUCACCGCAAUCACCGUCCUCGCCAUCAGUGGAGAAAGCAAACGCAGAGGACUCUUCCUUCCCAUACUUCAACGAUAAUCCACCCCACCCCCCUAAACCCACCUCUGCCUCCACCUCCACAACCCUCGGCCUCCACCCGCACACCCUAACCCGCACCCUGCUCGCCCUGCAGAAAUACUCCACCUACCCCUUCGCCCUCUUCCUGACCUUCCACAUCACCAACACCUCGCUCCUCCCCCUCGUCACGCGCAACCUCCAUACCGCAGACACCUACCUCCUCCUCACGCGGCCGUACUACCAAUCCCAGCUGCUCGAACCCGCCCUCCUCCUUGCCCCGCUGGCACAACGCACAUCCUCUCCGGCAUAUCCACCGCCGCCGCCUCGGCAUCAGACGCCACGGCGCCGAAUCCCGCGACGAGCGCCGCAGGGUGCCCUGGCCGAAACUCUCGGCUCAGUCUGUAUUGGGCUAUCUAUUUGUCCCGCUGGUGGCGGGGCACAGUUUCGUGAAUAG